AAAAUCUCCUACAUUUCGUCACAAUCUUGCUUCAGAAUCAAAUCCCAGAUGGAGAGAACUUUGAAGCAAAAAGAAGAAGACGACGUAGAAGAAGAAAUAUUCUACUCUCCUAAUUGUAUUGAUGAAGAAAAUGAAGAGAUUCAAAGCAAUGAUGAUGAGGAAAAGAAGAAGAUUCAUCAUUUGAGAGAGAUAGUUGCAAAGCAAGAUCCUGCAGCUUGCGAGGAAGUAGAUGAGGGCACAUUGAGAAGAUUUCUUCGUGAUCGUGAUCUCGACAUCGAGAAGGCUUCGACGAUGCUGAUGAAGUACUUGACAUGGAGGCGAAGCUUCGUCCCAACGGGCUCGAUUUCAGCAUCGGAGGCCCCGAAUCACGUAGCACAUAAGAAGGUGUUCGUGCAAGGCACAGACAAGAGAGGUUGUCCAGUUGCAGUCGUCUUUGGUGCUAAGCAUUUUCCCAGCAAAGGAAACAAUGAGGAAUUCAAACGUUUUGCAGUGUUUGUUUUGGAUAAAAUAUGCUCGAGAAUUCCUAAUGGAGAGGAGAAGUUCACAUCUAUUGUAGAUCUUGAAGGAUUUGGGUACUCCAACAGUGAUGUUCGAGGGUAUAUUGCAGUUCUUUCGAUUUUACAGAAUUAUUACCCGGAAAGACUUCAGAAAGUGUUCUUAAUUCACGCAUCUUACGUAUUCAUGGCGGCAUGGAAGGUUGUGUAUCCAUUUGUGGACAAAAAUACUAGAAAAAAGAUCACAUUUGUGGAAAACAAGAAAAUACAAAGUGCUCUGCUGGAGGAGAUAGAUGUGGAUCAGCUUCCAUAUAUUUAUGGAGGCAAAUUGCAAUUAGUUCCAAUUCAAGAUGUCUAA